AUGAUUUGUACGCUCGCUAAGCUAUUAUUGCUCUUUGGUUUGCUGUGUGCGGUGCCUUCUGCCGAUGGCCAAGAAAGUCGUUUAACGUGUGGCCGACGUAGAGUGAAAUCGGUGUACCUCAUCCAUAAUGGCAUUGAUGCUAAGGCAGGGCACUGGCCAUGGCAUGUGGCAAUCUUCCAUCAAAAAAAGGAUCAAAACGAAUACGCCUGUGGAGGCGUAAUCGUUGACGAGAAUACAGUUCUCACAGCUGCUCACUGUGUCUACACUGCCAAUGGGAAAGUCCCUCUGGACCAGAUCUCGGUGACUGUCGGACAGUUAGAUCUGACAGAAGCGAAUGAACACACAAAAACGCACAAUUUGCAGGAAAUGAUAGUACAUCCUAGAUACGGUUCAGCGAGCAUUAUCAACGACAUUGCCCUUUUGAAGCUGUCAGCUAACAUCACCAUGACGAAGUACGUACAGCCGGUAUGCCUCUGGACGAUGGACAGCAAUCAGGAGAUGAUCGUGGGCAGAAACGGUACCAUCGUUGGGUUUGGCUUGAACGAGCAGGAUGUCGUAUCGAAUCAGCUAAAGCAAGCGCUCAUCGGUGUAGUCGAUGCGUUAACCUGCAUCGCGAGUGAUCGUGCCGUGUUCGGCACUCAUCUGACCACGGAUAUAUUCUGUGGCCGAGGACAGAGUGGUGUGAGUGCCUGCAAUGGCGAUAGUGGUGGCGGUAUGUUUUUCGAAGUCGGAGGCAAAUGGUUCGUGCGUGGUCUGGUGUCAUUUACACCGCUUCGGGGCAAUACAGGGCUUUGCGAUCCGUUGAAGUACACCGCCUACACCGAUGUGGCCAAACACUUCGAAUGGGUUGUGCAGUACGUGGACCACCGCGUACUAUCGUUCGAGAACGAUGUGCUCGAUAUAGAUUACGAAGAAAAGCUACGAUUGUUCAACUUUGGCACAUGUGGAGUGGCAUCUUCCACGCAGCUCAGCGAUGGAUACAGUUGGACAUUACCGUGGCUUGGAUUUGUCAUCCUUUCUCGCGAUUCGGACAGUGCACCUAACACACGUUGCGUGGUAACGCUAAUAAGCGAUUGGUACGCCGUUGGUCCAGCGCAUUGUUUUGCGAGCGAUGGUAUAGAGCGCUGGAUUCUACUGGGAGGCACUUCCGAAUCGUCACCGCACUCAACGCAAACAUUGCAAAUCGAGCGAAUAAUCACACAUCCAAAGUACGACGGCAACAGUCUGGCUAACAACAUCGUGCUGAUCGAGUUGCUAACUGCAGCCAACACGACGCUACCGAACAUAAGACCCAUAUGUCUACCUGCGAUUCCUGAGCUCCGCACGAAUCAGAUGUCGAAUCUAUCUGUCGCUUCGAUCUCAACGCUUGCAAAGUCAUACACCAGCACUCCGGUGAGUCUCGUGAGUAUAGACCACUGUAAGGCACAGUACGCUGAGUUGGGCUUCAAUAUUAGCUGGCAUAACAAGCGAUUCUGUGCGCAAACAUCUCUGGAAGAUGGCCCACAAUGCAACUCCUUGAAAAGUGGAGCACCACUGCAAGAGUUGCGCACGUUUGGCGAGGCGCAGCGCUACUUUAUGCGUGGCUUCGAAGUAUUUGGAUUGGCUUGUGACACAGAAACGUCACCGGUUUACAACAGUAUGGACGAAUAUCUGGACUGGAUACUGUACAACAUGCGGUACAACAUUCUGGAAAAAGCGGAAGCGAUAAAACCUUCAAUAGUGACCACGCCGAAACAGACGCUCGACACAGAAUGGCGCAAGUUACAGCAGCAACCUGGGAAGGAAAACUUGCGCCUGUUCAAUAUGGACACUUGCGGUUUGACUGUUACGCGCAAUCAAAACCUGGGAAAGGUUACGCUGUUUCCUUGGGUAGGCUUUUUCCAAGGUGCCGAACAUGUGAUAGACGAGUCAUCCUGGACGAGGAGUUUGGCGGUGCUAAUAAGCGAAUGGUACGCCCUGGUUCCCAAGCGUAGUGUACAGGACGUUACAACUUGGCGAACACUUGUGCUGGGGAAGUACAAUAAGGAAGAUCCAACCAACUGCUACACAACCGUUUGCGAAGUAACGCACCAAAUGGUGGAGAUAAAGAACGUUAUUCUGCCACCGAGUGACCAUCCAAGGCAAACGUUCGCGCUGGUAGAGCUGCUAGAACCGGCCAACUUUUCCAUUCCCUACAUCAGACCGAUAUGUCUGCCGUUUAUGGAGCAGUUGCAUCAACGCCAACCGACCCAGGUCGUUAUAGUGUCGAACAGGUCGUUCAACACCGAAAGCAAGAAACUCACGAUGAUCGACUAUUUGAACUGUCAGCAACGAUUGCUGCUGCAGCAACAUUUCGUCACAUUCGACGGUGACUAUCCGUGUGCGAUCGAGUCGGAAAAGUACAGGCAGAUACCGUUGUCUUCUGCGUUGGGCAGCACGUUACAGAUGGCGUUACGGGUUAGUGGACGUACGCGUUACUUUCUUUACGGGAUGGAUACGAAUCAAGAGGCUAUUUUCUCCGACCUUCUGUACGGUCCGUAUCUGUUCGCCACGGUGCAGAUGGCUGAUCUUGAUUGGAUACUGGACACAGUGCAGUUUAAGGAGCACAAUACAUCACUGCCUAGCGUUACGCGUAACGGCGACCUUGGGAGAGUCACUUUGCCACCAUUGAAAAUCGACACAUCCAGGAGAAGUUUGUUUAAUUUUAGCAACUGUGGAGUCAACACUCCGCUGAUUGGUGCAUCGAAUCCGUGGAUCGGGAAUGUCAUCUCGAAUGCACCAUUUUUCAACGUGAGCCGAUGUUCCGUCACGCUCAUAAGCGAAUGGUACGCUGUUGGACCGGCGUACUGUUUCGGUGAUGUUGAGCAGCAACAUUACGUAGUAUUCGGAGUUGUUAGUGCUACUGUAAAAAGGGAAUGUUUUAAAGGGGAAACGAGCUCGGAUUGUGUGCUUCCAAUGCAACGAAUUUUAGUACAAAACAUCACCAUCCAUCCGGAGUACAAUCGUUCCAGCUACUUCAAUGAUAUAGCGUUGGUAAAGCUAGCCACACCCGUGGACACCUCUCUACCGAACGUGAAACCCAUCUGCCUUCCCGUAACGGACGAAACCCGCAGCUAUGACAUAUCGGGUAUGGUGAUGGGUACAACGGGCAACACCGUAUACAACUACGCCGUUAUACCUGUAGGGAACAGAUACGUAGACCCUGCCGAGUGUCAUAAGCGCUGGAGCGCUUUGGCAGUAAGAUUUACCGUAGGGAUCUCGAACUUUUGUGUGAUAACGAAACGAACGCCAGACGAUGCGUGUAUCGGCGUAUUUACCGGUGCAUCACUGCAUACGGUUCACAAGGUACAGUCCGCUGAAAGACAUUUUCUGCGCGGUUUCGAUUUGAUCGUACCGAGAGGUUGCAGUUUAUAUUAUCCCUUAGUUUACCUCAACACUGACGGUUACUUGAGUUGGAUCAUGGAAAACAUGGACGAAGAAAUGCUGCCAUCGGACGUCCAAUUUGAUUUGCAUAAAGAACUCAUUUUUAACUAA